GAUCCGCACCAUUUAGUGCUUUAUGGUAAACGUUUUUCAAAGUUGGAAAACGAAAAACAAACAUGAAACCCAUCAUGAUCGUCGGGACAAGCGCUGUUGGCCGUCAAAAGUUAGCGGUAAAGUACUUUGAAGAUACAUUUCAACUCAUUUUUAUGUCGCCCAACAUUAACGAAAAGAACUAUCGUUCAAGUUGUCCCGAAACCUUAACCAAACUUAUUGCAGAGGCGAAGAUGGAUAAAAUUCGACAACUGGUGGAGGACGACGAAAAGUUGAGGCACUCCAUAAGAGCCCAUCCACUAAGCGUCGCGGUCACCUUCGACCAGGUCGUGGUUUGGGCGGGGGAGAUCCGUGAGAAAGCCGUCAGCGAGGCGGAAUGUCGGGCUUUUAUCCGAAGCUACUCCAACAGCAGCGUGGGUACGGUUGAAACCACCUCGGUUUAUCACUUCGCCUUGCAGAAGAUGGCCUCCGCUUCAAAUCGGACCAUGACGUAUUACCGCGAAAUCCCCGACGAUGCCAUUGAGCGAAUCAUCGCACGUGGAGCAUGCAAACGCUCUGCAGGAGCUCUGAUUAUCGAAGAUGAGGAUAUGAAAGCGAGGAUGAUCAAAAUUGACCCUGGAGAUGAGGAAGCAGUCCAAGGAAUGUGCGUGCAAGUUGUACGUGAACUUUUGAAGCAAUUCUGAACUUUCUAAGUAACUUCUAUGCGUACUCAAACGUCGGAAGCUUUUAGAAAAAAAGAAGAAUUCAAAGCUAAAGAGUUGUUUAUUUCCCUUUAAAAAGAGUCAUGAAGAUUUAAUGCACAAUAGUUUAAAUAUUUUCUUAAUAUUUAUAUAAAUAAAAAA